GCUUUAUGAGCCGCGGCAAACUGCCGUGGCCGCCAUUUUGAGUGGUUGCUAGAAGAAGAACGUCGGUAGGCACUUCACAGUGCAGAAGACAUUCAAGCGCCUGCAGGCAAGAGGAAGUGAAGGAGGGCUCUGGAGUUGGACGCAUCGGGCGCUGAGUGUACACUUGUCCAUUCCGUAUCGUCAUUAAUCCGCAAAAGCAUUCACCAUGAGCGACGUGGAGGGAAGAGUUAAUGUUCGGGAAGAAAUGGAAGAGUUUUUUCCAAGAAUAUUGAAGAUAAAGCAAGAUAAAAGAAGGCUUAUGAAAAGUUUUAAAGAUCAGAAAAAAUCAAUUGAAUGGGGAAAUUUUUUGAACAGAAGAUUGGGCAGAUAGAAGCACUUGAAUGUUUAUAAUGCUUUAAUGAAUUAUUUGAAUUGGGGAAGAAUACACGAAGGUGAAAAAUGAAAAAUAAUGAAGAUUGAAGAAAAGUAUAAAGCAAGAGUGAAGUAGAAUUAAAAGAAUCUGGAAGAAUGAAUGGGUCCUAGGUUAAGUAAAAUGAAUCCAGGUCACGUUCAAAGUCACCAGCUGAAAGUGCCCCUCGUGUGAAAUCUGAGAGCAGAUCCAGAUCCCGUAGUGCAUCGAGGGCUUCCAAACGUUCAGAGUCUCGGUCCCGGUCAAGGUCCAAAUCAAGAUCAAGAUCUAGAAGGCAUUCUCACAGACGCUAUUCUCGCUCAAGGUCCCGUUCCCACUCACGUAAAAGGAGGUCAAAGAGUAGGUCUUACACACCAGAGUACAGACGACGGAGAAGCCGCAGUCACUCUCCAAUGUCUAACCGAAGGAGACACAAUGGCAGUCGGGCCAACCCAGAUCCCAACAUAUGUAUUGGAGUGUUUGGCCUAAGUUUAUAUACAACAGAGAGGGACUUGAGAGAAGUGUUCUCUCGUUAUGGUCCCCUUUCUGGUGUCAAUGUGGUUUAUGAUCAGCGUACAGGAAGGUCAAGAGGCUUUGCCUUUGUCUACUUUGAGCGAAUUGAAGAUUCCAGAGAGGCAAUGGAGCAUGCAAAUGGAAUGGAACUGGAUGGCAGGAGAAUCCGAGUUGACUACUCUAUCACAAAAAGAGCGCAUACCCCCACUCCAGGCAUAUAUAUGGGAAGACCUACCCACAGUGGUGGCGGCGGCGGUGGUGGAGGUAGUGGCGGCGGUGGAGGUAGUGGCGGCGGCAGUGGUGGUGGUGGUGGUGGAAGCAGCCGUCGCCGUGACUCAUAUUAUGAUAGGGGAUAUGACCGAGGCUAUGACAGAUACGAUGAAUAUGACUACAGAUACAGAAGACGAUCCCCAUCACCUUAUUACAGCCGAUACAGAUCCAGGUCACGAUCACGUUCUUACAGCCCAAGUGAGUAUUCAGAAGAACAUGAGUUACACUGUGGGUGCAGUUUUCUCAGAACUAUUUUAUCAUUUUCAACACUUGUAAUCUGCUUUACCUGUCCUCGGCUGUUUCCUGAAGCCUUUCCUAGUGGGAAAAGGUGUUGGGCUAAUGCCACAUGGAGGGGUGGGCAGCAUUAGCCUUAAGGGGGUAAUCAUUGAAAGGUCAUCUCUAAUGGCUUUUUUUUUUCUCAUUGCAGGGCGCUACUAGGACUUCAUGAUUGGACUUUUUAACCUUAUUGGAUUUAGCCUUUUUUAGUCUUUGCAUUUUUGUUAAAUGUACUGUUCUGUGAAUAUUACAGUUUUGCUGUAGUUUUUGUUUAGCAGAUCAUAAGCAAAUACAAACUAUGCAUUCACUGGUGAAAAUCUGGUGUCUGUAUAACAUUGUUUUGUAAUUUUUAUUCCCGAGGGUUUUGUUUUUUUCCCCUCCCAACCACUAUGAUCUUUGAAAGGACUUCUUUUCUUUUGCUAAACAUGCAGCCUAUUUAAUUGAAAGGAAACUCUAUUUUUUUUUGUGCAUAGUAAAGCGGUGUACAAUAAACCAUAUUAAAAUGUUUUUUUUUUUUCUGACUCUUCUAAAUCCUGUUGGCUCUUAAAUUGCCAGAUUGAUGUGUUGUAUUUACGCAGUGCAGGUUCAUGAAGUUAUCCCUUUUCCUAAAGUUAUACAUCUCCCUUCUUGCUAUUCAUUAUUCAUUGGAACAGUUUAGUGAUUGAAGAAAUGCUUUUCCCGACCUCUUAUCUGUAGUACCUGCACCAGAAACGAAUUGAAACAAAUAUUUCAGUUUCAGACGCAUGGUAGCUACAUCUUCCUAUGAGUUUAUAUGAAACUGAGAAUGUUUAAUAUCUUAUAAAAUUAUCCUGUUACCCACAUUCUAAACAUUGAGUUGUACAGAGCUUUGCUAGGAUGGUGAAUAUUUAGAGCAAUGUUGCACACUGCUUAAUCACCCAGUUGGAAAUUUCCUCCUGCAGGCUGUUGUAAAAGCACAGGUAUUGGCAUCAACAGUGGGAGAAAUUUCCCAUGUUGCAUUGCUAUUAAGAGGGGUAUGAUUUUAGAAAGCUCUGAAUUGCUUUGCGCCCAAACUACCUAAUCUAGGUGGUUUCUAUGUACUUGCUUAUGAAUUACCAAGCACUGUGACCAAAGUCAUUUACAGAACUUACAUGUAGGUGUAUAAAAACAGCACAAAUGCUAAAACUUAGACCCCCUCAGGGCUGGUUAGCUGUUGUCAAUUAUUAGACUAUUCAUGUGUAAAAAGAAAAAAAAAACAAUGAAAGACCUGGCUAUGCUUAUGCCAAAAUACAAUAUACAGCUUUACUAUGAAUGAUUUGAUGCAGUGUUCAGUGGCAAGGUUAGUUCUAACACCACUGUUGCACAGCUUUAAAAGUGUGCCCCGUAUACAUUUUGUAAAUUAAAGUUCUCUGACUGCAAA